AUGGUAAAGGGUACUGCGAGUGGUAGAGAAAGAAGAGUACAGGACGAGGGAAAGAGAGGAGGAUACGGCUGCAGCGGCGGCGGUAUCGAAAGAGGAGGAGGAGGAGGGCAAUUGGGUCGUUCUAGCUCCGCGCCGUUGCACCAACAUCGAGUCGGAGGUGGCGGUGGUGGCGGCGGCGGCGGUGGUGGUGGCAGUGGUGGUGGUACCGGUGGCGGUGGGAUACAGCUAGAUGGAGGAGGGUUGGAAAAAGCCUCCGCCCUCGAAUCGCAGACGGUACUUGGUAGUAGUCGAGCGCGGAUUCGUAACUCGGACGCUGAUUGGUCGACGGCGCGUCCCGAUUGGUCGUUCAGUUUUCGCGCCGCUUUCAACCGCACAGUCCACGCGGACUACGUUGCUCGUCCUUGUCCCACUCCGUGCGAGCAGAUUGCCGUUUCUAUCGCCCUUAUUGCCGCAACCGUGUUCCAUCUUUGUCCUUCUAAUCGUGGGAUAUUCGAACGUCGUCGUCGCACUCGUGACAGAUACGAUAGCAACCACGGCCGGCUGUUCUCGAGUCUCUCAUUCUCCUUCUCGCAGUCUUUCUUUGCCCCUAGGCUCUCCGAUCCUUCUUUCUCUUUUCACCCUUUCCCCUUGUUCCCUCUUUCUUCAUCCCCUGGCGCCGCUUUCUCUCUCCGUCCCACGAAAACAGUCUCUCAGCAGCAAAGCAGCGAGAUCCCCCGGACGAGAUAUGAAUUCACGUUCCUCCUUUUAUAUUCCACGCUCGCCUGCCCUCCAUUUUGCUUGCUCGAGUCCCUUGUCUGCCUCGCCGAUCUACGACUACCGUAUGUGUCGGCUGCACGGCUAUCUCACAGGCUUCUCUUCUCUCCUUCCCUCGUUUUUUCUCCCUUUUGCUACCCGCGAUCUUCUGCCGCCAUAUACGCGUAUGAUCGUGUUGUUCCGACGUCGUCGUCGUCGUCUCCGUUGUCUCCGUCGUCGUCCUCGUCGUCGUCGUCGUCGUCAACCUCUCUUCGUAUAUCGGCGCUUCGAUGCGGACUCGUGUAUACGUGGCAACGCGGAGAGAGUGUGUUCGGACAUAAAACGUGGUCAGCUGUCCGCAAAGGAGGCAAUACCAACAGGACCGAACGAACCGUUUAUGUUCGUAAUGCGGCCAACACGAACAUCGAGUCGAGGAGACGCGUCGACCAGGAAUUACAAUGUGAUUUUCGAUAUCGUUAUUUAUAAAUAUCGAUUAUAUCGUUAUGGUAUCAUCGUGUCGUACGGAGGUGCAGCCUCUGAUCGCCGCUCAAUUUUCCAAUUCCCAACUACGUAACUUUCCAAUGGUAAGAUUUUGAUAACAAAUCCGCCUAUUAUAUUUGUACAUUUAUAACACAUACAAUGUUGUACAAGAUACAGCAGUGUAACGAUGAAUUUAAUGCGUCCUACUCCGAUCAACUUGAGUAACUCCCGUCACGAUCGAAUUAACGAUAUUAUCCAUGUUAAAUACCAAUAAGAUAUCGAUACGAUACCGAUAAUCGAUAGUCACCCUUUUGCUCGCGCGCAUACGUAAUGCGAACGAGGCAAAGACGAAGCGAGAAAAGCAGAGGCGGAGUACCUCAAGAAAGAAGGGAGGAGAAGAGACGAAGCGUUAAAUAUUAAAAACAAUCCAUCAAUUAACGUUAAUGCCCAAGCAUUAAGCAAGCUCGCCGCCGCUGCUGCUCUGUUCUCGCUGUGCGGCGACACGUGUUCCCGUGCGACUGUGUGCCCGACGCGCUUCCAUACGCGCGUCGACGCGCGUAUAUAUACGUACACGCUACUGGUAGGUAUCAUUUCGGUUCGUUAGGCGCGGCCCGCUGUCGUAUAGGCGUUACGCAGUGUACAUACGUCGUGUGCAAGAUAUACAUAUGUAAAGUGUACACACGUGCGGUUGCACCGUGCCUCGCCCUCUAUCUAUGCACGCGCGCGCGCCACGACGUGUAUAUACGCGCGUAGGUGCGUGUGCAACCCGUACACACGGAUCGUGGGCAUCGCUUGUCGUGACCGAUGAUUCGCCUCGUAGAAACGUUUCCUCUCGUCGUCGACCAGCCUCGUAAACGCUGCCGAGAGGCUCGACCAUUCGGAAGGGUUAAUUUCUGAACGGAGACACUGACAGGGGACACAGCUGCCGAGAAGAACGGUCGAGUCUACCCACGAUACAGAUAACAGAAAAAUUCCGACGAUUCGGCUACCCACCAUAAGUAAGCGCAUAGAAACUGGACUCCUGCGGCGACCGUAACCUCGAAAGUGGACCUUAAAAUACCGAUGGCUCGUUAUGUGGAACCUCCUGAUCUCCCUGGCGGAUUUAGCCUUAAAAGGGACCCGAGACGUUUCACAAAUUUUUCACCUUGGAUUUGUAAUAGAAAUGCGAAAGAUAGGCGUGUUAUAUCUUAACGUUAUUGCCAAAAUUUUAUAUCCCCAUAUCUCUGGAUCGCGGAUGUCCUGUGAUCUGAAUAUACGUACUUUGCUAAAUUCCUAAGGUCCUCUUUGAUCUCUAGAUUCUUAUAUCCUAACUUCCUACAUCUCUAAAUCUCCAAAUUCGCAGGUAUAUUUUUGGAUCCCUUCUACAUCCGUGUCUUCUUACAUUCAUACAUUCCUGGAGUUUCACACCCCCAAACCUCUAUGUCGGUGUCAUUAAGGACGUCCUUAUUACCAAUUUACCGAACGUAUAAAUUUCCAAGAUUGAACGAAAAUUACUCAGAGAAUUCCACGUCUUGCCGAAGUCUCGUCGAUAUAUUCACACGUUACGGAUGACUUUUACACUUUCAUCGAUGCGAUCUUGUACAUCGAUCAAGGCUUGUACUGUUCAAUUAUUAACAGGCGCAGUUAAAGUCCCGAUCGUAUUUGAACUGUUUCAGGAAUAAAUGAUCCGUGUGAAUCGCGUUAAUAUAGAUCCGUCGCGACAAGUAUAAUUAAGUUGUCGGUGGUCAUUAUUUAUUCGUAGCCAGUAUCGUCGUUCGCAUAAAACAGGCUGUCAAACGCGGCCAGCGAUGAACCUGUCCCUUGUCGGACUGCGCCGGAGUAAUCCGGUAAGACGUUUAGCCAACGUGUCGGCCUGUUUUAAUCGAGAUCAUCCGGUAUCGCGAAUUCUCUUUUUUGCCGUCCGAGUAAUCAAAGCAGUUGCUCGAGGAAAAAAGGAACGAAGCGGUAAAUAACUCGUGGAAGGGCAUAAAGAUGCGGACAAGAGGUAUACCGUCAAGGACCCAGUUCCUGAUCGGAUCCCAAUUCCCGAGUACAUAUAAAUUUAAUCCGAAAGACGUCUAUAUACUUUACUAGAUCAGCAACGGAAGACGGGAGAGAGAAAGAGAGGCGGAAAGUGCGAGAGUGGGAGCAUUUGCUAGAACACUUUGUGCCUCGAGCGUGGCCAGUGCAACGACAUGCAUCGGCCGCAGCAAGGGCGACAUUAUCGCCGGUUGCACACACCGCGCGGCUGCGGAUGGUGCGGUACGGCGGUUAGGGGCGGUUAGGGCAGUGCACCACAAGGGUGGUCAAACCGCAAACGAGACCACCGUCCUGGCUAUCUGCUAUCUGGAUAACCACCGCCGCCGCCGAUACCCUCCGCCUCUGCGUUCGUCUCGUGCACCUCUUGCGCCUCCGCCUCCGAAUAGCCCGUCCGAGUUGCACGCGAAUCCUACCGAUGCUGGACAACGAUCGGAUCGACCUCGAUGAAUCGAUACUUUAUGAACGAUGGGUGAUAAGAUCGAUUAAUCAUCCAAGUAUAACGAUCGGUCCUAAAAAGGAUGCUUGACCCUCGGGUCCGCGACUCAAUUUGUCAUACUGACAUAAUGGCAAAACAUCGAUAAUUAUUUUAUGGAAAGCGAACGAAUAAAUAUUCAGAAAAAUGAUUGCAUAUUGGUUGGAUCGGUAAAUUGGUGUCAACUGAAAAUUAUUAAUCAUGCGCGCGACAAUUUGAUUGCGUUGUCCCUUCAAAGGAUCUAGAUCGAUUUAAUAAAACGAUCGUUAUCGGUAACGCGAAGUGCUCGAUUCGAGGGACGAACAAUACCCGUUAGCCUUGUAACGGCUUAUCUCGCUAAUUUCGAGUCGAUCGAUCAUCGAAACGCUGGUAAGAACGCGUUAAUAAGCUGUCGCUCGACUCAUCUUGUUCUCGCUUUUUUACGAACACGCGCAGCAACAUUUUUUGAUCACGCGAACCGUGAAAAUGUUCUUCCGAACGAAUGGGACGUUCUCGUUUGAAGAGGCUGGCUCGCCGCGCCGUUAACGAUCUCUCCUGGGUGGUACGGUAAUUACUUAAUGCCGAACGUGGCAAGGUUUCGGGAAUCGAAUGGCUUUUUAAACGAUGACGCUCGAUGGAGAACCAGCGUACAUUAAUCGCGCCGUUGACAGAUCUCUUUACUCUAGCCUGUUCUCCUCGAUAUGCUCAUAUGCUCGGCUGUUUUUAUUUCUGCCUAACAGAUUUCAAUUGGUAGUUGCACACGACGUCGAUGACAGGUAUCUAUUUUCCUUUAACGAGCGUAACGGAAGCUGUCUAUUAAGCUGAUCGUUCGACAGCUGGAAAAUUGAAAAAUUGUCUUCUAGCGGUUCCCGAUAUCUUGCUCUCAUUAAACGUUUAAAUAAAUAGAGUUCUCUUUGCUUCCGUAAAAUUGUUGAAUAAAAACUUCCGUUCUUCGAUACUCUUAUUCGUGACGGCGUGACAGAUCAGUGAUGAGGCAACUGCGCCCGCGAGGGCGCGGUGCCCGGCCGUGCAAACGACAGUGCACUCGCGGCCUCUGAUUGGCAGUACAGUUAACUAUUCGAAAAACUGCGGAUUCAACCUGAUUGAAUUGAAUCACGUUUUAACGGCACAACUACCUUUCAUAUAUACAACAAAAGCCCGGCAUAAUAUUGGAAUUAACAAAACGUAAUACAACGAUGAUAAUAUGCAAUAAUGAAAAUAAAAAUGAAACAAUAACAGUAAUAAAGGUAAAAGCUACAAAAAUAACACAAUACUGAUAGUUCAGGAUAAUUUGACUUGAAUUUCGACCGAAUUAAAAACGUUGUUAAAGUGAAUAUAUAAUAUAAUAAAAUUUGUCAAACGGUACUUUCAAUUCGAGUCAUCAAACUGAAUGUUCAAUUCAAGUCGUCAGAUCCAAUGACAUCCAAUCGCGCGAAACUGAACAGAUAGUAUAUUAUGCCAGUAUUCUUUACCUUCGUAGCCCUCUUUGGCGGUCAGUUGAUCUGCACAUUACCAAGACAAGUCGCAUCAAACAAAGCUUCAUGAUCCAGCCAAUUGUUUCGUUGAACCUUGCAUAAAUCAGUUCUCGCGCCUACACGCGCAAGAAGCACUCGAGCAAACAAUCAUCGAAUUAAUCAUCGAUUCUCGUCCAACGAGUAAUCCUCUCUAUCCGCAACGAACGCCCUCGGGAAACCGCGUGGCACGAUUUUUCAAGGUGGCUGAAAAAGCGCGGCAACGACGGUCUUUUUGCGGCGGCCCUCCGAUCAUGGACACGAACGAAAUAAAUUGAAUAGCCAGGGAGCGGAGAAGGUUCUUUGUGGAAGGUGCGAGGAUAAAAAUCUCCGGUCGCCGUGUGCAAUUACCUUGGCAUGUAAUUGCAGCGAUUCACUCAGCUGCACCGACCAGGCCAUGCCAAGCCAGGCCGCACGAUAAAUUCCUUCUUCUUCGUCUCCCUCCUCUUUCCCUCGUUUACGUCCCGGCUACCGAGAAAUUUAAGCGUACCACGGCUCAUCGGCUAAAGGGGCGCCUGUAUAUUUAUGCGGCGUACAGAGGGACCGAGCACCGACGUUUUAUGUCCGUACACAUGUUUAGCUCCGUUUACGAUUCCAGCUGCCGUUUUACGUGAAUCCUCCUCCCGGCCCUUCCGCGCGACCGACCGAUUAAAAUCGGCUCCGUUUUCGCGCAGAUUUUAAUCUCCGUCUUUAAUUGACGCAUCGAAGAUCUUUCGUCAGACAGCGUGUCGUUACGCGGUUUUAUGGCUGUCGAGGGAACCGGAGACUCCGGGACGUUCAACGUAAUCAUCUGCGGUUAACGAGGGACUUUUUAUUUUCUUACCGGUACGCAGUAACUAAGUCACGCUCGUGAUGAUCGUGUUUUUAAUCGUGUACACGGUACAUAUGUACUGGCAACUUCGUGGACCGUAGCCGCGUGUUAACCCGUGAAAUGCAAUCUUUAUUGCUGAACAUUUCGCAAGCCGUCGAACGUUCGCGCAAACAGCGAAGCUAAAAAUAAGCUUAGCCAAAAUAUUUUUCGAUUCUUCGAUCGACUACGAUCACUCGCUCGUUUCUUCGAAUUUUCAGCAAUCUUCAAAUUCCUAAAUUACUCAAUUUUCGUACUCACGAUUAAAUUGAAAUUUAACUUCCACAUUCUCAAAUUCGCAAAAGUCAUUUGAUCUACCGCUAUUAAUCGAACUAAGAUCUUACACAAAAAUCUUAACUAUGCAAACAAUUAGAAACGACGUCUAAAGAAACGAGUAAGAAAAGUAAUAGCGCAAAAGAUUGUGAGCAUCGGCGAUCGCGCCAAAGAAACGAUUCGAUAUCCUGAAAUAUUUUUAUUUCCACAUUCCUCCGGGCCAACAUCCACCGAAAGACGUCGCAAAAUGAAUCCAUAAGAACCACGAAUUCCAGCAGUUUGGUAUUUCAUUGUCGGACAAAAUGGAGCAGGGAAAAUCGCGGCCCGUUUCGCGUGUAACGCUCGUUAAACGAUUCGCCGGUAUUGAAAGCGUAAAAAGCGGAAGUCGAAAAUCCAUUGUGCCAGGCACGAAGGGAAACGAAAUUUCAACGUUAUGGACACGCGGACUAGAGCGAGGAGCGCAAUAUCGAGGCGAACGAGAGAGGCGGAACGUUUUCGACGCGCGCGCUAACAGCUGCGCCGGUAUGCAGGACGGUUCGUGUACCGCAAUUUUUGUCGUUGCAUUAACACGACAGAAAAACAACCGCCACGGGGCCGUUACGUUUUCAUGGGCAUAUACGUCACCUCAGCUUUUCGCGCGGUUUACACGCCCGCCCCCGCCGACUCUCGCGCCGACUGUGCCUGUGUGCUUCGGCCGCGCUCGAUGGCCCGGCAAUAUUUGAUUUCUGCGAGCGAAAAUCGACGGAUUAGUUGGAAACUUUUAAACUAACGCUGCUAGAAAACCGCUGCAACAAUAUUUGUACAUAGAUGACGAUGAAACGUCUGUGUAAGCUCUGUACUUCGAAUUUGGGUGACUUUUUUUAGUUACGACAGCUUGAUUGAUGUUCAGCCAUUUUACGAUCAAUGCGCUCUCUGUACUCUCGGGUUCUACGGUCUGCUUUCUCUUCGCGAUUUAUAUUGGAAAACAUUCCGAUGCAAUCAGGACCUUCCCAGAUUUUCUAGGUUCUUCCUAAAAUCUUUAACAACUUUUGAAGAUUAUCUAACAUUUCUGUAAAAUUUCUUUUAAGAUUCCUUUCUAUCUCUUCAGACUCUUAAGCUCAUGUCUAACUUCUUAAACCCUAUAAACAAAUUUCAUACACGUGUUUUUUACAUAUUUUGUUUUACAUAUUCGUUUGACGUAUUUUAUAUUAAUAAUCAUAUUCUGUGUUACCAAACUCGUAUCUACAAUUCGAGUUAUCUCCAGAAAAUUGUUAAAGAUUCACGUUUCAAAGAAAUCGAGAAAACGAAAAGAAGCGAAGAGGUUCAUUAGGUUAAUCGAUUUCGAUAAAAUUCGGCUCUUAAACGGCUAACUUACCUGAUCGAUAAAAGGAGGCGAGGUCCUGAUUUUAAGACGAGAUCGGUUUGCAGAAAUUGAUCCUUCUUUUUCCCCCCAUCACGACCUCUCGACUUCCACUGAAAUUCUCGACGAUCCUGCAUUCGUCUAAUGCAUGCAAAUCACCAUGGACCCCGAGACCGAGCUUUCUCCGGCGGCAUGCAAGAUUACAUAUCACUGACUUCGAGCGGCAUCGUUUUCCAAGAAAAGAUUUUACCUCGUCGAUCGACCGAGCAAACACCGACAAGAAGAAAAAAAGUGCGAUAAAUCGAAUGAAAAUUUUUGACGCUUGGAAACAUUGUAUCCUCUCAAAUGAAAGUACUAAUUCUUUCUUUGUAAUUACAGAAAAAGUUGUCGCUCUUUCCUCGUCCGUGCAAUUACGUUUUCGUUCCCUGCCACGAGCUCGAACAAAACAUUCGAAUGUUUCUAUUGUCUGGUUAGUUGGGUGGUCUGGAGGUAUUGCCAAGCAAAGAGACUGCACCGUCAAAGUGUCAGAGUAACUCGAAAAAGCAAGCGGUAGAAAGUAGCCACGAAACGGCAGCAAAGACCCAGUUGGUGGUAGAAGAAAAGAAAAGUACAAAGUAACCGAAAGAAGGAUACAGACGGUAAAACUGAGAUAAACAUUUCACGCUAAACACGUUUCGUCGGAGAGCGAGCGAGUGCGGGUUAUAGAGUGCUCUCGCGAUAGAACUAGGACGGCGUAGAAUAGUGGCAGGAUAAGGGAUGAAACACAGCGAUAAUAGGGGCAGGGGGGGAAGAGGAUGGGACAGAGAGAGGCACGUUGGCGCGUUUAUUAGUGUCCAAUUGUGACGAGAGAGGAGCGGGGAAACACGAAAGCGAGCGCGUGAACUCGCUCAUUUGCGUGCCUGUUAAUUUGCCACGUUUGUGUGAGCACCGCGCCGCGCCAGGCCGCGCCACGCCAUACCACGGCACGUACAGCCAGGGCCGCCAACGGACAGAGAGAAAAUUAGCGCUUUGAGUGUGGGUGCCUGCCUGACCGCCUGCCUGCCCUCCUGGCUGGCUGGCCGCUUCUCUGCUCCGCAACGCGAACGCGUAUAUAUACGUACGUGCGUGUCGGCCCGCGUAUGAACGCCUGGGUGGUCCCCCGUGGUGUGCUGGAUAAAAAUCGGACAACAUUCGCCGCCCUGUUAUUUUUUUUUCUCUCCACUCGCGGUAGUCGAGAUGAAAACACACGAGGUCCGCCAGUCGAGAUCCAGUGUUCGUACAACUCUUCGUCAUUUUGCUAUCUUGUAUGCACACUCGACUGCAACGCGAAAUACGCUUAAUUAAGAGAAAGUGUAGGAACGUGCAGCUAGUUCUCUUUAUAAACUCCUGAAUUUCUCUAGGCACUCCCGAUACUCUCUCUAGAACUUCACAGCACUUUCUUAGACUUCCCUUAAUAUUUACUGAAUAUUUCUUUGCAAUAACCUAGGUUAUUCCUAGACCUUUAUUAAUUUUGUCAAGAAUUCUUCUAUUUAACUCGUCUCAGAAUUUCUCUAAUGUGUCCGUGAACACAAGGUAGAGUUUUCUGAGAAGUUACCAAACCUCUCCCUAGAUUCUCCAACGUUCCUCGAAAAAGGAUGUUGAAACAGGUAUCGCGAGAAGCGUAAAAUCGGCUAAGCGUAGAGAAACGCGGCGACCCCAACGAUCCGAAACGGCCCGAAAGCGAGAAGAAUGGGUGAUUGACGCUUCUUUGACGGCCAUAAAAAGCGAACUAUGAGAUUCGGGAAAAAUUUCCGCUUCAACGUCCCUUUCCGUUUCGUUACGGCGUUGAAUAGCUAUCGGUUUCAGCUAUUCGAGAGGAUGGGAGGAAGGGACGCGGAACAAUAGGUGUUAGCAACGUAGCACACGGUACACGGACGCGAAAGGUAGGCAUACUGGUCCGCGCGAAAUUGGACAUUGCCGCGCGGAGUAAUGGAGCGGAGUCCCGCGAAACGAACGGUUCAAGUUAUUGGCCACCAACGAUCCCGAAUGAUAGCCGCACGGUUCUCCUUAUUACGCCGUUACCUUACUUUUUCGCGUCAAAUGGAAAUUACACGGUACGGGAGCACGAUCGCGAUCAGGAUCGAUCGACGGAUCGGGUAUCCGGUCCGGCAACAACGGACGGACACGGUUCGCUGGACGGUGACGCGUUUCAACCGAUUCUCCAGAAAAAUGACGUUUCUAAUGAAAUAAAACGGCGUCGAUCGCGGAGGUCUACCGAUCAACUAGAACCAGUUGAUUAAGUCGUUACGUCGACUACGCCGAUCAAACGGACAGGCUACUUCCCGCUCGUUAAUCCCCUUACCGCAGAACAAACUUCGCCGAUGUAAACGAUUCGAGUAACGGCGCAAAGGAAAGUGGACGGGAGGUGGCACGCAACACGCGAGAAUCGGCCUGUUUCCCAACGAAAUAGAUGAAAACGAGCGCGACACGGAUAAAUGCGGCCGUGGCCGGCUGUUCGCUUCUCCGUCGACUGAAUUAACCGUAAUAACUGAUGCAUUUAGCAGCGACAUUCAAAACUUGUGCACGGAAUGCCAUCGACGUUCCGCUACCUCCCCGCUUUAACUCCCGCGCUUUCCUCCCCGAUCCCCUUCCAUUUUAACAUCGCCACCGCCAGUUUCAUCGGUCCUGCCGCACCGCAUAUCAUUACCAUGCAAAUACGCUUGGCAUGCGGCAAAGCUCGUGUAAAAUCGUCCUGUUCCCUCCCCACCUGUGCGCUCCGCUUCGCUCGUCGCGCCGCACCGCUCGUGCACGCGUCUCCUUUCCUCCUUCGACCAUCUACCCUCUCUCGUCCUCCCGCGCGGUGUCCACUCGCUCCCACUUCGCACCAGCUACCCAGUCACAUAUGCAAAACGUGCCGCUAUUAUAAUAACAUUACGUCAAUGAACCUUCCAUUGAAUAUGCGCUUCGCGAGCGUGGAUUGCAUCGCUAAUUAUCUAACGGGUGGCGCGAUUCGCACGCGGCUUUCGACUUUGAACAACAUUUUUCAGGCGUUAGAGCUUUCCUUUGUUUUCGCUGUUUUUCAUAACAUGCUUAACGCGCAAUUACGGCUUAUUUACUGGACGAGCGAAUGCUCGUUAUCCCGAUGUUUCGAUAACGCUCGGAGGCAAACGAGCAGUUCGUAUAAACGAGCGAUUCUUCGCGGUUGUUCCGUAGAGCUGAACACGCUGAGCGAACGAUUCAACAAUAAGAACACGUUCGCAGGUCGAAUCAAUUCGGUGCGAUUUAAUCCGGCGUGAUUCAAUUCGACGCGCUUUAAUUUGACACGAUUCAAUUCAUCCUUCAGAGCAUUCGGCCGUUCGGUUUAAACUCCAUGAACGUUUAUUACUCGCGCUGUUCGGGGCAACGGAAAAGGAUGGUCGUUUACGACGUUUACGUUGAAUGCUCUCGAAUUGAAACGCGUCGAAUUGAAUCGCGUCCAAUCGGGUCGAAUUAUGUAGAAUUGAAUCGAGUCGCAUCGAAUCAAACUACAUCGAAUUGAAUUACGUAGAACCGAAUUUCGACGAGUUGAAUUAUGUCGAUUCGAAUUGCACGCGGCAGAAUCGCAACGAUUCAAACUGCAUCAAAUUGAACUGCGUCGGAUUGAAUUUGAUUGCGACGAAUUGAAUCGUGUCAAAUUAAAUCGUAUCCAUUCGAACUGACGUAACGCGCAAACGCUUCUGUUUGUGAAGGUAUCGGACAUUCGAUUCGAAAAAAAUCACCGAAUAACGAAAAAGUUGAUUUAUUUUAAUUUCACCGAAACGAAAUAAGAAGGAAUAUUUGUUCGGUCUAAAAACGCCUUUAUUGCUAAACUUUUAUGUUCGUCAUCGCGUUUUUCUCUUCGGUUUGUUUUCCACGGAAAUCGUGCGAAACGCUAGAAGCGAACUGGCCUGACGCCCGACACGUAGUUGAUUGCAGUUUUUUUUAUCGAUGGAACCAAAGUCGUAAUUUUCGUGACUCGAUCCAACCGGCGUUCUGACUAAAUAUUGUUGACGUCACGUCGCUUUCUCCCUCUCACGAUUUUUAUUUUUUAGGAUUCCUCUUUGUCACUAACCGCCGCUGACACGUUUAUGGGCUCGACUGGCUCCGGGGACCGGAGAGCAGCGACACCCUUGUUUUAUAUUUUUGGUGACGGCUACAGUACGCUCGCCCGCUUUCGAAUGUUUGCGGCGCGAAAUGGUCACCGACCGUUCAUCGGUUUUCAUAUUACAACCGUGUCGAGAUAAUAUUUGCCCGUGAUUUUUUUAUUUUCUACGUACCUUUUUUGAACGACGAUUUCGUGGCCGACGAGAUUAGUCGAAUUUUCCUCUUUCGAUCCCACCUUUUUCCUUUCCGGUUUUCAAAAAUUCCGUCUUCGUGAACGGUUCAAGGAUGGUCAGAGAGUGAUCGUUAAAUGAAUCGAACCAUGAAACUUUUAUCGUUUAUCGCUUUUUAUUUAAUCGUUUCUCGUUUCGAUUUUUCGUUUAUAUUCUCUAAGCCUGACAAUAUUUACACGUUUUAGUUUUAUUACUCGCUUGCCGUCUCGCUUUUAGGGGACGUAGAAAAAUAUUAGCUUAUCGAUGCCACACGGUAUACUUAAGAUCGAUGUGUACGUAUAUACACAUAUAAUAUGUAUAUAUAUAUAUAUAUAAUAUGUAUAGAUAUAUACAAAAUGUACAGAAGGAACGCGGUACGAACGUCAGCGUUUCAUCACUAAUUAACGCAACGAAUAAACGAACUUAAUCAUUCGUUAAAAAUCGAUCGUUUCUCGCAAAGCGUCCGUAUCGAUAAUCACGGAUAAAAACACGUUGAUUCGGACAGGAAAGAAUCGAUCAUUUCCUUCGUCGAUAUCGUGCAAAUUAAACCGCAUUUUUUGUCAUAAUUUUAUCACGAUCAAUCGUGAUUUUAUUUCCGAUAACUGUUCCGAGCGACAUAUCACGGUGACUUUUCUCACAGACUCGUCACUGGUUCGCCCGUUCUUGCACAGACCCUUUCUUCGUCAAGAG